AUCUAGGCCAGUUAGAGGCACGGUAUUGACUGUGAGUGGGACAUGGUUUCAUUUUAACCAAGUGUCCACGUUCGUCAAUGGUCAGGUGGUUUACAAAAUACAGCCAGACGAUUUCUGUGGUGGAGAAAGUAUUUCUUUUUCAACAUUUAUUUACUAUAGAGUCCCAUCUCAUCUUGUGACUGUGUGAAUGGAGAGACCGCUAGACCUGAGUCAACGUGAGGACGAGGCUGAACGGCAGGAGGAUAAAAUGGAGGAUUUCCCGAGCCGUGACGAACCCAUCUGUCAGGUGGAGAAUUGCAACUGUCCUCUUAAACACAUAAUACAACUUGACAGCCAGAAUCGGUCCUCCUCAAAGGCUAGCAAAGACAGUGACCAUCACCAACAAGAACAACAUCAACAACAACAGCUGCCGGACCACGUACAAUAUCCGUUCUACAACCACUUCAUCUCCUCCAGUCACUACAACCAGCGCACAAAUACCUCACCGGAAUUUUUCAAUCUAAAACGUCGGCGCGUGAACAUGUACAAUGAAGAAACUGGACAAUGUUCAGUUGGUAGUGGCGCCGCCACAGCAAGUGCACCGGAAAACAGCUUAACUUCCUGUAACGGAACCAGAUACGACCAAUCAACUAGUCCGUUUUACCGCACUUAUACUCAACAACUCGUGGACUGUGAACCUCAAAAUAGCAUGGGCAACAGUAAAACUGGUUACAAUGACAAUAAAGCUGUGUUAGACACAAGGGUGCCGUCUAUAGGUGGCGCUACUAAUAGACCAAAUGGCGCGCAACACUUAGAUGUGGGACCAUGUCAGCGUGCACGAAGUAAAAGCGCUACUCUUCUACCGGUGUUGCCAAAGAAGAGGGGUAUAAAACGGUACUCACCUGACCCCAAACGGGAACAGGGCGCAACCUCUCUGCAACACGCUCAUGAAAGCAACCGAAAAUACUUGAUGCGGCAGACGUCUCCACCAAUGAAGCCAAAAACUGAUUCUCUUUUGCUUCCGGUGGCGACUAGGUCGUCGCCCUCUCCUACGGCAGCGAUCUCAUGCCCUCCCUCUGCCAUAGAACCCAAGAUGAAGCCCCCGAAGUACGACGCAAAGUCCAUCAAGGCGGACAUGAUACGUGAGAUUGAUAGUCAGAAAGACGACGAUGAAGAUGUGCAGACAUUCAGGAAAAAGCUCUUCGAAUCUUUUAUGAAAACGAAAGAACAAGUAAAAGCGGAAGACGAAAACAAGGCGCCACCUGUUGUAGAAAAAAAGGAGGAGGAAGUAACUCAUGUCAAUCCAAUGACAUCACUUGAUUAUUUAAUAUCAAAAACAUUGAUGGAGAGUGAGGAUAAGCCAUUUAAGGCGCGAAACAAUCAUAUCCACGAAAUCAUUCGCGGCGAGAAGAGGGGUCGACUGUGUCUGAUGGAUCUGGUGGAGCUUCAGGUCGAAAUGGGACUAGCAUAAUAUCGUUAGGUAUACAUGUGUAUGGGGAUAAUUGUGAAGACUGCGACUGUCAGAUUGUUAUUUAUUGUAGGACAGCGUGCACUAGAUGGUGCACGUGUUUACUAGUAUAUUUGUGUAAAUGCAUGUGGUAUGUUUCCAUUGUCACUCUAAGUGAUUAGAUCACGUCAUACAUGUAUACCGUCAUAAUCACUCGAACAUCUUCAUUUCUGCCGAAAACAGGACCGAGUCAUAACUGUUCUCAGUGUAUCAAAUGUCAACAUUAAAGUUAAGUGAGAACUUUGGAAUGGAAGAAAUAUUGGUAUAGGUGGAUAUAUGUAAUAAUAUAAUUAAAAUUCACUUUGCAAGACGCGUAAAUAUUAUUGAAUACCUGAUGUUGAUUUUAAAUGCUCGUUUGAAUAUAUUUGCCCCGGAAUGAAAAAAAAGGAAUACAACUCACAUGUUAGGAUAAUUCCUCUAAACUUAUUUCCGUCAAGAAUUUUAAUCUAGGACAUUUCCCAUGAUGGUAAACAUGUGUGUUGUACAAUUGUACUGAUAAGCUAUUUACCACGAUAUCGUUAAUCUCUCUAUGCAUAAGCUAUUUUACCACUAUAUCGUUAAUCUCUAUAUACACAUCUCUUAUGAAAUUCAAUUCAGACGGAGUUAAGGCAUUGGAAAUGCAAUGAUAUUGUUUCCUAUAUCGUAGCCUUUGCAUCAUUUGUUGACAUUUUAAAAUCGUAUCUAUAAGAAUAACAGGAUGUGAAUGUUUAAAAAUAUAUCAGAUAUCAGGAGUUACCCACCGUUGAUUACAAGAAGCCCGAUUGUGUAUGUGGAUGUCAUUCGUUACUCAGUUUUCAUUACCUCCUGUGGUAGAAGUGGGUAUAGUGAUAAUUCAGAUAGUUUACAAUAACUUAAUGUGUGGGCUUUGACACACCCUACGCAACGUAACCGCGCGUCUGUUACUCUGCUAUUGUACAAUGUCUAUCCAGAGUUAUCGUCCCUGUUCCAUACACCCCACGGGAACAUACCAACGGACUUGGCAAAGUAGGUUUUAUCCUUCCAAUACACAAUUUAUGGUGACUGUUUUCAUUUUUAUUCGCUAUACAUUGUAAUAAUUAUAUUUCUCCAUAGUGCAUUUGAUCGCAAGUUAAGAGUGUUUUUAUUCCAUUUUAUUAUUGUUUAUAUGUCAAUAAAUCACAUUGAAUUAGAUCACAGAGAACAAUAUUUAUUUAAUGUAUAGUUAAUGUAUAAAAAAUGAAUUAUGAACCAAAAGGUUAUAGAACAGGUGUCCGAAGGAUAACGUACUUUGCCGAUAUUCUUGGCUUUAAGUGGAGGUAUGGAACAGAAGUAGGUAGAUGAUGUCUAACAUGUAAAUGUUGUUGGCUGUAUCCGUAUAGAGCAUCGUGUUUGUCAAUUCAAGUUUACAAAUUAGCUCUAAUGACCAGGCCGAUAAAUCUCCAUCUGAUAUCUAUUCCCUGCUGGUCACGACCUCUAGUGUAAGACUACAUGCUAUGUGUAUUGAAUCUUUCAGUUUAUAGUGUUUGAAUUUGUAAUUAGAGACGUAUUAUUAACGCAUAUUGUGUCAUAAUAAAGCUACCGGUCGGGUAAGCGACACAAUAAUAUCCAUUUGUAGUACCUCAAUAACCAUGAGUUGGUUGGCCUAAUGUCAAUACGUUUAUAGAUAAAGUGUAAGUAUUGCUAUAUUUACACUGUGGGGAUACUGUCCUUCUGGUCAAGGCCGAUAUACCUCUCAAACACUCCGAACACAUUUCACAUAGAGGUUUGCCCGAGAGAGAUAAAUAAUUCAAGCAUACGUUUUCUGGUUACUUUUGAUUGAGGUUCCUGAGAUCGGUAACUUAUGACAAAUCAAAAAUAUUAAAAUAUCUACGGUUUAGGAGCUAACCGGAAGCGCUCUUCACAAUUUAAUUCUGUCGUUAUAUCAUUUGUCCUAGUCAAGGUUUAGAAUUACAUUUCUCUGUGGAGGAGGUGAGCUGUGAUACACGUCGAAUUGUUGACAAACCGGUGACAGACUUACAACAGUGAGCACACAUGAAACAGAAUGAUAUACUUUGUGAUUUCAUGUAAAGGGGAUAGUCUUAUUCGCUGUAACCAAAGUUUUUUGAAAUGUAUAAACUGGAGCAAGGACCGAUUAGUGUGUUUUGUCGGGCUGUUAAUCAAAGACGAAUGCCAAAGUUAUCUGUAAACACGAAAGGCUGUCUUCACCUGGGGUGUACGUUUCUUGUAAGCUAAUUUAGGUACGCUAUGUUGGUUGUAUUUCUUACUAGACAGGUGUCGUUCGUAGUCCUUUAACCGAUACAAAUUCGCUGUUUAAAUGAGUGUCAUUCCGAUUGAGUUGUCUGCUUGGUGUAAUACUAUUGUUGGAAACAGUCUAAAGGUGCAAGCGACCUGAUUAAAUUUUAUUUUUCCUCGACAGUUUGGGAUUAAAAUCAGAAAGAUAAAUGAGAGAAAAAAAUCUUAACCUGGUAGUUCCAAGAUCCAUGUAAAAUUAACUGACAAAGCCAGGCACUGGCCGCGUGACUACAGCCUAACGUUCUAAUCGCAUUCAAAUGUUUUAUUAUUUAAAAAAAUGAUUUAUUUCAUUAUUGUAUCAAUACUUGUUCACUGAGUGUAAUGUACAAACAUGUGCUUUUUAAUGGUGAGAUCGCUCCAUCUUGAACACUUGUAUGUUCCGUGUGAUUGUUCAAUCAUGAAUAGUUGUGAGUGUUAAUGUUGAAAUCGUUCAAGCAUGUUGUGAGUGUUAAUGGUGAAAUUGUUCAAGCAUCAUAAACACUGUAUGUUGAGUGAUAUUGUUUAAUCACGAACACUUGUGAUUUUUAAUGGUGAAAUUGUUCGGUGAUAUUGUUCAAGCAUGAGCACUUGUAUGACCAUGUGAUUGUUAAUGGUGAGACUGUUCAAGGAUCGUGAACACUUGUAUGAACGUUUGUGUUAACUAUGAUACUAUUCAAUCUUCACUCGGUUUCACUGUUGUAUGUUGAUAUGCAGUCAUGGGACGUCUCCAUAUAUAAUCAACUAAAUGUUGUUGUUUAGGGUGAAAUGAACUGUAAACAGCCUAGCUGUGAGUAGGUGAUAGUAUAUUUCAUAAACUAUACGUACGCUAUCACGUGAGGCGUCACAUGACGUGUCACAUGGAUCGUGUGAUUAGUAGUGUAUCCUACGUCCCCUAUUUUGACGUUGUGUGGACAUUUUUCAACUGUUUCUACCUGUGUCUCGAUAUCUCACUUUUUUCCGUGAAAUCUUUAUUUUGCAUCUCCUUUUAGAAAAUAGACGACUUAAUGAUAAUUACACAGUGUCUGUACUCACUUUUGUGUACAGUGCACUGUGGUACAAUAAAUCCCAGGGCUCCUUGUGUUGAGAGAAGCACAAUGGACCCCGAGAGUGAUUGUAGCAGAAUUUAGUCAAAGCUUUUUGUAGCGAGUAAGCGUGUAUUGGGCCGAUAUCCUAAUUGUGACGAGGCCCACCUAUAUCUAUGAUAGUUAAAAUAUAUAAUUAUAUAUCUUUAUCAAAUUGCACAAAAUAAAUAAAAAUAUCAGACAGUA